UAUUUACCUGGAAUGACUUUCAACUUGCAAUACAAAUAAAAGAUGAUCGUGACUAACAUGUUCAAAGUAUUGAGGCGCGAGUUAUUGUCGUGGAAUCAUUGGAGAAGAUUGGAAUUCAUUGAUACAAGAAAUAAGUUGAUAAAAGAAUUUGCCCGUUCCUUUUGCAAUAACGCUGGUGAAAUUGUAGCGACAAGACCGAAUUCAACAAGCUCUUGGAUCCGACAGUUUUCAUCACACCCACGCAAGAUGAUGAAAGCAAAAAAAUAUGUGCUGGUGAAACAUUUUGAGAACGAGGUGAAGCCAACGGAUCUACAAUUGGUAGAGGAGGAGCUGCCGAAAUUGCAGGAUGGAGAAUAUCUCGCGGAAGCUGAGUAUCUUUCUGUGGACCCAUACAUGAGACCGUAUGUACAAAGAUUUCCAGUUGGAAUCACGAUGAUCGGCGGUCAGGUCGCCAAGAUCAUAGAAUCCAAGAAUCCGGAUUUCCCGGUCGGCAAGAGGGUCUGUGGGUACCUAGGCUGGAGAACUCAUACAAUUGUCAAACCAAAUACCCCGGAUAAUCCCAUAAUGAAUCAACCAGCGUACAUUUUGCCAGACAUGGGUGAUUUGCCACCCUCUCUUGCCUUAGGUGUGUUGGGAAUGCCGGGCAACACGGCGUAUUUCGGCUUGAUGGAGCUAUGCAAGCCGAAAUCUGGCGAAACAAUUGUCAUCAGCGGAGCCGCUGGUGCGGUCGGAUCGCACGUGGGACAGAUUGCCAAAAAUUUGGGUCUGACUGUAAUCGGUAUAUGCGGCUCCGACGAGAAAUGCAAAUGGCUCACUGAGGAAUUGGGCUUCGACUCUGCCAUCAAUUACAAGACCGCACCGAUCGCGUCCAAACUACGCGAAACCGCUCCCAAAGGCGUUGAUUGCUACUUCGACAAUGUCGGCGGGGAUAUCUCGAGCACAGUCAUGUAUCAGAUGAAUCUGUUCGGCCGGGUAGCCGUGUGCGGGAGCAUCUCAAGCUAUGACGCGGACCCCUCGUCCUUGCCCAAAUGUACGAUUUUACAACCUACUCUCGUAUUCAACCAAUUGAAGGUGGAGGGUUUUAUCGUUACACGCUGGAUUGAUCGUUGGAAUGAAGGAAUUGGAUAUAAUUUGAAAUUAAUACGCGAGGGCAAGCUCCGUUAUCGCGAGACUGUGACCAAGGGCUUCGAGAAUAUGUUCGAAGCGUUCACCGGCAUGCUGCGCGGCAAUAACACCGGUAAAGCGGUCGUGCAGGUGUAAACAUUGAUUGGCGUUGAAAUUUAACGUUUCUCACAAGUAUUCCUGCCCGCUCACAAUUUCAUAUCUAAAUUUUUAAUAUUUUUAAUAUUUUUAAAAGAUUAAAGGAAUGAAACCUGUUCUUUAUAUGCACAAAAUGUAUACAUUGUAAUAUGUAACUGUUCAAUUUGUAUAGACAAAUAUUACAAAGGUAAUUAUACAUAUAAGAAAUAAAUCAUCACAAAUAUUUUUGAAAUA